GUCCGAACCCUCUUCUUUCCGCCUCCUUCACGAGCUCACAGACGAGCAGAAACGCCAGCCAUCGCAGCGUGGGACUCGACGGAGCCCCGACCCUGCGAUCGACAUCAUUUGGGAGCGACACGCGGUCAGCAGACGUUGCACAGCGCCGCAACUACCACCUGCCCCCGCCCCUCUCUUCCCCCUGCCGCUCUUUGCUUCAUACGCUCGCUAUGUCCAUCCCACUUUCCCUGUGGGCUCUCCUUGCGCUGGGGAUAUCAACGAGAGCAGCACCUUCCUCGAGUGAGGAUGCCUCGGACCUCAUCUCGGUAGCGUGGUACACGGGUUGGCAUGCGGAGGACUACCCUCCGUCCAAUGUCUCCUGGUCGAAGUAUAGCUUGCUACAUUAUGCAUUUGCGGUAACCGUGGACUCGCCAGACGAGCUAUCCCUCGAAGAGUCGGAUGAGAGUCUACUUCCCGAGUUUGUGAAGACGGCACACGACAAUGGCGUCAAGGCUGGUCUCUCCAUCGGCGGCUGGACAGGCUCACGCUUCUUCUCCACCAACUUCGGGUCGUCAGACAACCGCACGGCAUUCGUGAAGACGGUCACGAACCUAGCGGACAAAUAUAACCUUGAUGCCCUUGACUUCGACUGGGAAUUUCCCGGCCUUCAAGGCAUGGGCUGCAACAUUAUCUCUCCCGACGAUGUCGACCACUUCACCGCCUUCCUCAACGAGCUGCGCCAGUCCGACGCCGGCUCCAAGCUCCUCCUGACUGCCGCCACCUCCAUCAUGCCCUACCACGACUCGACGGGGAACAUAUCAACCAACCUUACCGCCUGGGCAGAGCCCCUCGACUACGUCGCGCUCAUGAACUACGACGUCUUCGGACCUGCCACCUCGCCCUUCCUCGACGACGUGACGGGGAAGACACCGCACGUUGCUGGCCCGUCUGCGCCGCUCGCGGAUGCGUGUGCCCCGCAGGAUUCGUUCAAGCGCGGCUCUGCGACCUCGGGGACCGCUGCGUGGAUCAGCGCCGGCGUCCCAGCGAAUAAGAUCCUGCUGGGCGUUCCGAGCUACGCGCACUCGUUCGAGGUGAAGGAUGUGGGCGACAACUUGACCACAUUCUAUCCGGAGAUCGACCAAGAAAGGAAUAAGAACAAGACCGCCGGUGACGCAUGGGACCCGCCCGAUGCGCCGUCUGGUGUCAAUGUCUGCGGCGACAUCGGCGGACCGGGAGGUUCCCUCCAAUAUUGGGGCCUCAUCGAGCAGGGUUAUCUGAGCGAGAACGGGACUGCAGCACGCAGCGAUCUGGAGUACAAGUGGGAUGGGUGCAGCCAGUCUCCAUUCAUCUACGAUGCCUCCAAGCAGCUUCUCAUCUCUUACGAAGACCAGCGGUCCAUCACGCUCAAGGGCAACUUCAUCCACGACCAGGGGCUCGCCGGCUUCGCAAUGUGGGAAGCUGGCGGCGACAAGGACGAUCAGCUGCUCGACGCUAUCACCUCCGCCGCCAAAAACGGCAACUCGACCAUCAACACCGACGAUGGCACGCCCAAGGCCGCAAGUGGCGCUGCCAGCACCAGCGACUCCAACGGCGCCUUGAGGUUGUCGUUGUCACCUUGCUUCUUGCUCGCGGGAUUGCUGGCGCUCGCAUCGACGGUUUAAGCUAUCCCAGAUAGUCGUUACGCUACUUCGGGCUUUCGCUGCCUGCCAUUGCCGGGUAUACGCACUCUGAAUCUAGGGGACUAUGGGGUCCUUUGCUACACUUAUAAUCGCUCGCUUACGGAUGGGACCUGUACCAUAAUAGAUCGUCGCAACUGACCAGCCAUAAUGGGUAGCAUUUGCUCAGAAGUUCGAACAGAAAGGCUCUA